GUGUUCCGCGCCAUCAACUCUGAGGACAUGUACCCCGUCAUGCUGAAGUUCCUCGGAAAGUUUGGCAACCGGCCGAUGUCCCGGGAGGAGUUUGUCGCUCUAAAGGCUCUAGUACUCUUCAAUUGUGAUGCUGACCUGCAGGCACCAGAGGCGUUGCUGAAGCUGCGAGGUCAUGCGAUCGCCGCGCUGCAGUAUGUGUGUCGUAAGCAGGCCCCGGCCGACGCUCUGCGAGCCAGCACCGUGCUGCUAGCUCUCCCUGUGCUGCGCCACAUCGACGUCAUGGCCAAGCAGUACUGGUUCAAUGUCAAGAAGGAAGCAAAGCUGCCUCUCAACAGACUAUUCGCCGAGAUGCUCGACAAUCGUGACCAGUUUGACCCGCGCGACGACGACGACGACAAUGACGACAUUGUUGACGAUGAUGAUGACCUCAUGUCGUAGCGACGGCGCGCCACUGCGGCGCCUCCUGGCAACGUCGUCGUGCGUUGUGCGAUGAUUGAGAUGCGGUGCGUUAUGUGGUGCGUGCGCGUGCCCUCCGUGUGCUACGCGGGAUGCUGCGGCAGCGUCGUUAGCGAGGUAUGAGG